AUGAAAAAUAUCAGUAUACAAGUUGUCACCAUAAUUAAUGAUUUAAAUCCUGUUAAAAAGAGUAAAGGUAUUUUGAUUACAGGAAAACCUGGAACUGGGAAAACUUCUCUUGCUUUACGUAUUGCUGGUAACGAUAAUAAUAAUAACAUAAAUGAAAAGAAAUCUAAAGGAAAAGUAUUUAUUAUAGGAUUAUCAAAUCGUAUUGGGGCUAUUAAUAAAACUCUGUGUCGUCCGGGUAGACUUGAUCGUACAUAUGAGCUCAUAAUCAAAAAACCAGAACAACGAAGAAAGAUUUUAGAAAUUCUAACGAAAGAAUUUAUUGAAUUUGGAAUUUCUCCACCACGAGGAAUUCUUAUUUAUGGUCCUUCGGGUGUAGGAAAAACGAUGUUAUGUCGUGCGAUUGCUGCUGAAACCGGAUUAAAUUUUAUGUUCGUAGAAUGUUCACAAAUUCGAUCAAAAAUAGUUGGAGAAUCCGAAAAGAAUAUUUCCAAAAUAUUCUCUCAAGCGAAAUCGAAUUCUCCUUGUAUCUUAUUUAUUGAUCAAGUAUAUAUAUUAACACCUGCUCGAGGAGGAACAAAUAAUAUGACGACAACGGAAAAUACUUCAGAACGUAUUGUAACUAGUCUUCUGAUUGAACCCGAAGUCGAUGUCUUGGUUAUUUCGACAACCAAUAGACCAGAAGUAUUGGAUCCUGCUUUAUUGAGACCUGGUAGAUUAGAUCAACAUAUUUAUAUUCCAUCACCAGAUUCAAAGCAGAGGAAUUCAAUUUUAAAAGGAAAAUUUAAAAAGAUGCCAAUAAUUUUAUCAGAACAACAAUUAUCAUCAAUGGUUCAAGUUACUGAAGGAUUCUCGGGUGCAGAUUUAGAUAAUUUAUGCAGAGAAGCCGCAUUGAUAAGUAUUAGAGAAAAUAUAAAUAACGAAAGGCAAGAUCCGUUUGUAAAGCAUCUUUAUUGA